AAAAAAUGGAGUUGGUAAGUAAAAAACAAGAGAACUACUAACCAGAGGAUUUAAAGAAAAAAAAGAAAAGAAAAAAGAAAAAAGAAAAGAGGAGAGAAGUUGUAGAAAGCAAAUAGAAUCACCUUCUGUCUCUCAAGUUGCAGAAAGCAAGGCUCGAGGUGUCUCCGAAUCGAAAUCAAGAAAAGACAUAAGGUUAUAUGUCGUGUAUCUUCUGAUGAUCACCUCUUUUGAUUUGUACGACAUCGUGAAGGUGAUAUAUAUUGCUUAUCCAAAAUUCCAACCAAAAUGAUGGAGCAAUUUUUUGGUUUGCAAAGUACAGUAGCAUGAAAAGUGAACCACCAUAAAUUUCUUUUGCAAGUACCUCUUUGGUUUGGAACCCUGAAAAAAUGUCUAGUGGAGAGGUCAGGGAGGUCUCACUUCAAGAUAUACAACUGGUUCAAAAUCUUAUUGAACGAUGCCUCCAGCUUUACAUGAGCCAAAAAGAAGUUGUGAAUACCCUAUUGAUUCAGGCAAAAAUAGAGCCCGGUUUUACUGAACUUGUUUGGCAAAAGCUCGAAGAAGAAAAUCAGGAAUUUUUCAGGGCAUAUCAUCUGAGAUUGAUAGUGAAGGAACAAAUAAUGAGAUUUAACAGGUUGCUUGCGAGACAGGUUGAGUUGAUGCAUCAGGCAUGCCCAACUGGAGUUCCUUCCAUAGCUAUGUCUAAUGGAUCUCAUAUUCCACCAAUGCACCAGAACUCGUCAUGCUAUGGGCCAGAACGUAGAGGACCUGCUCUGAAGCCGGAGAACAUGUGCCAGCCUAUUGGUAAUGGUUUACCUAAUGCAUUCAGCAAUGGUGGGCCGUCACUGCACUCGUGCAUCCAAACAGCUGUUGAUUUACCUACUCAUGCCAGGAGAAUUGAUGUUUCACCAAACAUGUUGUUAGCUCAGAGCUCAAAUGUGGGAAUUGUACAAGGAGCGAAUGGGGGAUUGAUCAAAUCAGAAUCUGGCUAUGCGGGCAGUUCCCCAUUUAUGUUUGGUGCUGAUAGUAAUGUCCUGGAAAUGCGUCCUGCAAUUGGGGAUGCAUCUGUUUCAUCUUUCAACAAUGGAGAGUCCAAUUCACAACCUAUGAAUGAAACUGUCUUGGAUGCCGACGCUUCUUCAUUUGGUUUUUUGGGGCAGAUUCCUCGAAACUUCAGUCUCUCGGACUUGACCGCAGAUUUUUCUAAUAGUUCGGAUAUAUUGGAGAGCUACACUAGGUCACCCUUCUUAGCAGCAGAUACAGAUAAUUUUCUCAACCCCCAUGAUAGGGGAGAACACCAAGGGGACAAUAAGAGGUUGGACACUAUAUCCGAAUGCUUGAGUUAUGAGGAUUGUGGCAGUGAAUGAUUGAUUAUUACCAAUGGUACUGUGCCUUGCUAGCACAGAAGUUUUUGUAAUAGCUUCUUAGAAAUGGAGAGGCUCUAAAAUUUUGAACGUUUUGAAGGUACUGAUUGGUGUGUGCUGUGGGAAUAAUUUAUUCUUGGUGGAUUUGGUUCUAGGAGAAAAGAGUAGGAAACAAUUCAACAAAAAAAAAGAAAAAAAAAAUUGUUUCUUCGAUGCCAUCGAUAAUUCUGGAUAUGAUCCUACUCCUAUAGUUGAUGUGGUGGCGAGGUUGGCAAUAGGUAGGAUGGGGUUUUUAAUUAUGUUUUUGUCUGAAACAGUUUAAUUAAUUAUGAAUAAAGAAAUUUGGGAACAAUUGUCAUUUGGAGAGGAUAAAACUCCCGCAUGGGAUUUCUGAAACUUGGAUUUGAAAUUGUGUGUGUGUGUGUGUGAAUUGCUGCAUCUUACGAUCAAGAAUUUUAGGAAUGAUAACCAACUUGGAUUAUUAUUAUAUCAUUGUCUUUGAUGCCA